UUUGUUCAAAAUUUUUUGCUAGGCUGCCGAUUGGAUGUUGCAAAUGAAAAUUCCGUAUCAGAGGGUGAAACAACGAAAAUAUUUGUGUCACAAUUGAAAAUGUUCAAUGAUGGGAUGGAUGAGCUUUUGAAAGGCAUAGUGAAAGAAUAUACUCUUCGUCUUGAUGUGACAUUUAAGGGAGAACUAGCACAAGACAUGAGGUGUCCUCGUAAAGAAAAAUUAUUUACUCAAAUAGAAGGAGAGAGUUGGAGCAUGCUUCAAGGUGGUCUUCUUCCGUCAUUUAUGCAUGAUAGCCUGAUCAAUAAAAUGUUUGGGCCCUUGGCUCCAGAAGAAUUUAAAACAUGGAAAAACAACUUCAUGAUGGUCUCAGCAGAUUUGGCCUUGUCAAGGAACAUUUUACAAAAUCAUGAGCUGCAUAAUAUUAAUGCUCGUUAG